AUGUGUAGGAAAUGAUAGAGUAGGCAAUCUAUACGACGAUUGUUCAACAAUUCAGCGAUGGGUUUUGUCAACAAGUUUGUUUUUCUCUACUCUCGAGAGCACAAAAACUCGUAAACAUCUUUCGUUAGACCGAUUCGUUUGAUGUUGGAUCGAAUCAAAGAUUUUGUCGAAGUCGCGCCCACCGGAGUAACGUCAGAAGAAAUAAUCAGCUGGUCAGAAACGUGUCAUUGACUAAUCCAUGUGCAGUUGUGUUAGUGCGAGAUUGAGGUUAACUCGGGUGGAAUUUUUGUCAAAUGAAGUUUAAUCAGAUGGCGAAUUGUAAACAUAGCGUUAUAUGGGUUAUAUUCUAUUUGUAGCAUGCAGGAAACGAAAGAGGUGUCUGUAUAACACCAAGUCGUGAAACCUAGUCACAAAUAUCACACAUCGAAUAAAAAAGUGAUUUGAGUUUGUUGUGAAUCUUGGAACGAAAAGAUAAAGGUGCAGCGUUACUUCAGUCAAAAGUGCUCGGUGUAGUGUAGUUGUGUUUCUUAUCUCGUAUUUCUGUAGAUAUCAAACGCCUAUGUAAUACAUGCGGUAAGGCUGUGUCUACAAUCGUUUAAAAUUGCAUGUCGGCAAAAGUGAAUAAUUUGUUUGGGAAGGUGUAAAUAUCAAGUAGAAAUAAAAUACAAGCUGUUCACGAAACUACGAGACAAAUCAUGCCGAAAUUUUACAAGGUCGAGAUCAACAAAACAGAAUGGGAAGUACCAGAAAAAUACCAGAUGCUAACUCCUGUCGGUAGCGGUGCUUAUGGACAAGUAUGCUCAGCUACCGACACUCAACACAACGCAAAAGUGGCCAUCAAGAAGCUAGCGCGCCCUUUUCAAUCGGCUGUUCAUGCUAAGCGAACCUAUCGCGAACUUCGCAUGCUAAAGCAUAUGAACCAUGAGAACAUAAUUGGCCUACUGGAUGUAUUUCAUCCCGGUGGCAAUACACUGGAUUCGUUCCAACAAGUCUAUAUGGUCACCCACUUAAUGGGAGCGGAUUUGAACAACAUCAUACGAACGCAACGCCUUUCCGACGACCAUGUCCAGUUCCUAGUCUACCAGAUAUUACGUGGCCUUAAAUAUAUUCACAGUGCUGGUAUUAUUCACAGGGAUUUAAAGCCGUCCAACAUCGCAGUGAACGAGGAUUGCGAGCUGAAAAUUCUAGAUUUUGGCCUAGCGCGGCCAACAGAGAACGAGAUGACGGGCUACGUCGCCACCCGAUGGUAUCGCGCGCCAGAGAUCAUGCUGAACUGGAUGCACUACAAUCAAACUGUGGACAUUUGGUCCGUUGGGUGCAUAAUGGCAGAGUUACUGACGGGGCGAACACUGUUUCCCGGUACAGACCAUAUUGAUCAUCUUACACGCAUCAUGUUCUUUUGCGGCACACCCGAUGAGGAAUUGAUGCGAAAGAUAACAAGCGAAGAGGCUAGACACUACAUUCGAUCAUUGCCGAAAACGGAAAAACGAAACUUCAGUGAUGUUUUCCGGGGAGCCAAUCCCUUAGCCAUUGACCUACUCGAGAAAAUGCUAGAACUUGAUGCUGAUAAGCGUGUUACGGCCGACCAAGCAUUAGCACAUCCAUAUCUGGAAAAAUACGCCGAUCCGACCGAUGAACCUUCGUCUUCCUUAUAUGAUCAGAGCUUCGAGGAUAUGGAUCUACCAGUGGAAAAGUGGAAGGAGCUUGUUUUUCAGGAAGUUGUUAAUUUCGUCCCUCAACAGCAUGCACACAUUGGUGGUGAAACACAAUAGAUUUUUGCUAUGGUAAUGAAGAGAGUAGCAAGACAGCCAUUCUUUAAAUAGCUUGUAAUCUUAACUACACCUGCAACAUAAAAAGGCGACUAUAUGAACCAUAGACCUAAGCAUACAAAACAUACUAUCUACCUUUAAAAAACUUUGAAGCGUUAUUCUGAAGAAUUUCCCAGCAAACAGUUUUAGCGCAAGAUCGGCGAUCUUAGACCAAAAAUUGUUUGUUUGGAUAUUUGAAUCCACCUAUAGUGAAAAAGAAAAACAAAAUGUGAUGUGUUUUAAACAGUGAAAUUUAUCAAAUGGCUGAUUGGCAGGGAUAUUUUCUAAAAAUGCAGUUAUUGUAUUACGAACUAUGUUAGUGUUAAGAAAUAAAUGGCAAAUUAAGUUUUCAA